AAAAAAAAAAGAAACAAGCUAGAUGCAACAUUCAAGAAAUCUGACAUGAUGUUAGACUUCAGUACUGUACACUCUAGUCAUCUCAAACAGAACUCUGAUAUAUGCAAAUCUCUCAAGCCCUCUGGGCUGCUUAAAAUUCCACACUUAAAAUACAAUAUAGGCUUUAUACAUUAUUAUCCCUUAUGUUAAACCUACUUGUAUGCAGAUUGUGUUGUAAAGUGGGCUUGCCUAUAAGUAACUGGUUAUAUAUAGCAACAAAAAAUAUUUUAGUUUUAUGUUGUGCUCUUUAUAAUCAAAAUCUUCCAACCACAUUACAAAUAUGUGAAAUAUUAAUGAGCAUGCUCACCCAGAACUGCCAUUUUCCUAUCCACAUAGUCGUUAACCUUACAGCUGAUCAGAUAACAAGGAAUAAAUUGCAUAGAUGUUUGCAAGAUUGAGACAUAAACUAGAACCACACUGCUGACUAUGAGAUUGCAUGGUUAUCUUUUGGAAGUGCUGGCAACAGGUGCAUAUUAAUUUAACAACAGUAUUAUGGAGUUUUAAUCUAUGUGGGCUUGCAGUACAAGGCCCCGAUUGUGCAAAGACUUUAGUGCAUGACCAGUGCCUAAAGUUAAGCAUGUAUUUGAAGGAUUAAGGCCCAACAUAUAAAGCAGCACAACUAGAGUAACUGUAUUUAGAACUACAGCAAUAAAACAACAUUGCCCUUCUAUAGCAUCUUUCAUAUCUGGAUUUCAAAGCACUUUACAAACAUGAAGCCUCACAAUAUUUCUGUGAGUUAGGGAAGGAUUAUUAUUUCAAUUUUACAGACUGAAAAACUAAGGCAUGGAGAGAUUAAUGCAUUUACUGAGGGAACAAUGUGGAUGUGGAAACAGAACUAAGAAAUUUCUGAAAGUUAAACGUACCAUAAAACGUACAUAAAACGGAACAUGCCUAGUGCAACAGGCAAACCAGUGGGCCAAAUGCUAACCACCAGAUACUUUUGAACAGACCCCAAAAUCUUAUUUACUUAUCAUCAUUAUCAUUGGAUUUGGUUCCCCCGCCUCGCCCCAGUCUGGACCUUGACUAUACCUUAACCAAGAAACUGGGACCUUGACAAAAAAUAAUUGACUACCCUGACCCCGUGUAUGACUAUAAAUCAGGGUUGCACAAGUAUGCAGUUAAACAUGCACACAUACCCACAAUGCAUGUGAGGGGGGGGGGGCAUCAGGAGUUUCAGAUUUGGGGCUGUAGGGACUAGUUACCCUAAACAGAGCCUGUGACACAUAACAGGAGCACACCGUGGAAAACAGCAGCACAAUAGGCUAGAAAAGCAACCACUGGCCAGAAUGGAAAAGCUGUAAGUUUCUCACUACAGCCCCCCAGGACAGGCGCCUGCGCGGGCUAGCGCUCCCGUACUGCGGGAGGUCCAAGCUGUCCCCCUUUGCAGCCCGCCGGGCGGGUGUGGCGAGCAGGCAGCCCGCCCAGGGCACGCGAUAUGGUUCUGACCCUAGGCACGAGCCAGCAGCAGGCUGACAGUGGCGCAUGACAGAGGCCCAGCGGGAGAACCCCCGGGUGUAGCUAGCGCGCGCGGGAGGGGGGGGGUGGUACCAAGCGGGGCUUGGCCCCGCUGCAGAGCAGAGGCGACGGCUGCAGCCCGCGCAGGCUCCGAGCCCCGAGCGAGGAAUGCGAACAACGCGCCCGGCCAGCCCCGGUUCAGCGAAGCUCUACGGCUAUGGGUGCCGGCGCACGCGCACUGCGUGACCGGCGAGUCAGCAGCAAGCCUGGUUGUCUCGAAAGCAGUGUGGGGAGAGAGAUGCAGCUCCCCAGAGCAAAGGGGUGACCGCCCGACGCCGGCUUUCCCGGGGGAGGCGCGGUUCCUCCCUACGCGGGGGUUGCAUGCUCCUGUGGGGAAGCCCAGCUCCUCGUUGGGGUUGUCGUGCUAAGCUGACUUUGCCCGGCCCCGGAGCCGGGGGCAGAGUGCAGGCAUUUCUGGCGAGCUGUUAUCACUUACAAGGGACUUCAGCGAAUGACCGGAGCCAACCUCCGAAGGAUCGGAAGUGCAUGGGGGCAACCGUGGUAUUAGCCAUACAAAGGCUUGGAGGAAGUGUCCUGAAUGGACGAUGAAAUGAAGCAUUUCUACCUGCAAGGGGAAGUUGCAUGAGAAGAAUUUGCUGUAACUAAGCAGCAGCACCCCGCUGGGCUCCUGGCUCCAGCUACUAUGGCCCAAUCCAGGGUCUGGAAUAGCAUCAAAUCCAUGCUGAGAAAGAACGAUGACUCCUUGUUCUUGAACGACUCCAGUGCCUUUGAUUUUUCAGAUGAAGUGGGGGAGGAGGACUUUCCUCGAUUUAACAAGUUGCGAGUUGUGGUUUCUGAUGACACUUCGGAUGCAGCUCCGGACAGACCUGUCAAUGGGGCUCACCUAGGUCUGCAGUCCGAUGACGACUCCUUGCUGGACCGGGAUAUUGCUCUGCGGAGCACACAGACUAGCUCCUCUAGGACGGACCCUUGUAGCAACUGCAGUAAACAGAGGGAACUAUCAAAACAGAGGAAGGUGAAAAAACAGCUGGCCCUGGCUGCCGUUCUCUAUCUCUUCUUUAUGAUUGGAGAGCUCAUAGGUGGAUAUGUUGCUAAUAGUCUAGCAAUCAUGAUGGAUGCACUUCAUAUGCUAACCGACCUCAGUGGGAUUCUUUUGACUCUGCUUGCUUUGUGGCUGUCUGCAAAAUCUCCCACAAAAAAGUUCACCUUUGGAUUUCACCGCUUAGAGGUGUUGUCAGCCCUUGUUAGUGUAUUGCUGGUAUAUAUCCUAAUGGUGGUGUUCUUAUAUGAAGCUGUUCAAAGAACUAUCCAUAUGGACUAUGAAAUUAAUGGAGAUAUAAUGCUCAUUACAGCGGCUGUUGGCGUUGCAGUAAACUUGAUAAUGGGAUUUCUACUGAAUCAGUCAGGUCACCUUCAUUCCCAUUCACACUCCCAAGUACCUGCAUCAAACACUCCUAACACAGCUCACGGGCAUAGCCAGGGACACAGCAGCCUUGCAGUGAGAGCAGCAUUUGUACAUGCCCUGGGGGACUUGGUACAGAGUAUUGGUGUGCUUGUAGCUGCAUACAUCAUACGUUUCAAGCCAGAAUACAAGAUUGCUGACCCUAUAUGUACUUACAUAUUCUCAAUACUUGUGGUUUUUACAACAGUCCGAAUCAUACGGGACACAGGAGUUAUUAUACUGGAAGGGGUUCCAAAGCAUUUGAAUGUGGACCGCAUUAAAGAAGACUUAAUGAAGAUUGAAGAUGUUUAUUCAAUAGAAGAUUUGAAUGUUUGGUCUCUCACUGCAGGAAAAACUACUGCCACAGUCCACUUGCAAUUAGUUCCAGGUAGUUCACGUAAAUGGGAGGAAGUUCAGUCCAAGGCCAGACACUUGCUGCUGAAUACAUUUGGAAUAUAUAAAUGCUCUGUCCAGCUUCAGAGCUACAAGCACGAAGUAAACAAGACCUGUGCGAGUUGUCAGAGUUCCAGUGCCUAAUUUCAUACAUUUUGGGAACUACUGCCUUAUUCUCUAUCUUGUAGUCAAAGACUAAAGAGCAAUAAAUGAAAAACUAACAUGAUUGAAUGGAUCCCCUUAUGUGUGGAGUUGUACCAGUAUUUGAUGCCAGAGGGAGAACUGGUACUGCAAAAAGUGCCGGAGGUUCCCUACUGAAAAAUGUAUUUGCUCUCUCUCGCUCUGACCAAUUUAUUGUCAGUUUGGUAUGAUUUUCAGACAAAGAUGUUUCCACAAUAUUGUUUACAGGUUGUGAUAUGGCUCUGUAGAUACCUCAUCAAUUACACUUCAAUAUUGUCCUUCGUUAAUUGUGUACCCCUAAUGUAUCUGCGUUCCGAAUGGAGCGCAAAGAAUUCAGUAUUUGACUUAAAAACUUUUUAGAAGUUGAUUAUGUCAGGGGUCCAUAACACUUAAAGAUCCCUAAACUGAUUAUACAGUAUUUUUGUAAUACAGUUUUUAAUAUAUGAUCUUGGAAGAUGGUGCAUACAGUGCUAGCUAAACCAUUUGAUAAACUGUCUUCAGAAAAUUGCCAAAUAUAGAAUUUACUGCAUCCAUACCAGAAAUGUAGAUUUAAUGCAGGCAUUCAACGGUCCAAAUCAAGAGGUCCUUACCCAGGCAAAAUUUCCAUUGUCUAAUUAGAGACUUCAGAACUGGACCCAAAAUGUUUUAACUGAUCAGUUAUCUUUCAUGUAUUUUAGUAUGGUAUGUAUACCUUAGAAGCACUUAUUUAUUUAAUAGUUUUGACUCUUAAGAUGAUUUUAUUAUAAAUGAAAUUGAACGUGUAAAACAUUUUAACUUGAUUCAAAGGCCAAUUAAUUAGCAUUCAUUCUAAUUAGAAUUAAUAAAUGUGCUGUAGGAAACAUUUUUCAUGAUUAUUUUGCCUUGUGAAAAGAAAAUUAUAGAAACUACGCUAACUAUGAAGAUACUGUCAGAUAAUCAGACAUGCAACAUAAAUAGAUAUUCUAACAGGAAAGUAGGGAGGAGAGAUUUCAUAUAUGUUCCCCAAACUUAGAAUUUUAAUAAUCUGUUAAUUUCGUUUUUGCAUUUCCUUUAGAGAAAUACAUUCGGUGCAUGAUAUAUGAUGUCCAGGUUCCCAUGGAACUGAGUCUCACAGGGUCUCUGUAAAUCCUCUGCACUUUGACUUUAUAGGGGGCAAAUUUAAACUCAGUCUCUCUGAUCUGCUUGUGGUUACAGCCACCAUGUGUCCUCCUCACUAAAAGCCGGAAGAAUAUAGACUGCAAAAGCUGAAAAGAAAACCAGAAUUUGGCCUCAGAUCUCUGUUGUACUUUGCUCUCUAUCCAGAACUUUCACUGACAUCAAUAAUAGUUCUGUGCAUGUAUCAGAAAAGACAACUUUUGCCCUACAUUGACAGCUUUGCUAUUCAGCUGUAAAUACCAAGGCAACCUACUGUUUUGAGACCUGCUACUGUUUCAUAUUUAAUUUCAUCAAACUGAUUUGUAGUUGCAAUUAGGACUAAAACAUGGCUAGUUUGCUUUCUCUUGAGAUAGGGAAUCAGAUGAUAUAAUUUCAGAGAUACUAAUUAACAGCACAGUAUUAGUUUGGACAAAGUGCACAUAACACUGGCUUAUGUUUGUAUUUCUUCCAGCAAAGAGGGGGAAUGCAACACUACAGUAUGCCAGCACCUUCAGCCCAGAGGUAGAGUAUCAGUGUCUUUGGGAAGCUAAUGCUUCCGUACAUACAGUAUAUCACCAGUAAAGCCAUAUCACAGUUGAUGAAAAAUUGUGUAUCCUUUCCAUAUGAACUUUCUGAAAACCAGGUAUUUUGCACAUACUGGCUAUUCAAAUAGGAUUUUAUGAAGUUGCGGUUUACAGUCAAUGUAGUUAGAAGUUGGAGUAUGAUGAACUUGUAUUGUAUUUGGAGUUUUUUAUUGUAAUGAUAUACUAUACAUUUGUUUAACUGAAAAAAAGCAAAAAUCUGUUGCUUUACUGUGGGAUUUAUUAAAUCAGUUAUUAAACUACA